AUGUCUUCCAGCUUUGACGCAAAUGCGCCGGCAACGCUGCUUGAACUCGUGACCACGCUGCAAGUGGUCCUCGAUGCAAGCGCCGUCACCGCAACCAAGCGAUCCCAGAUUGCCAUUGUGGUGCUGACCGGGUUGAUGGGUAUCGCCUCUCCGCUCCUCUUCUACAGACUCUGGUGGACGGGGAAGCUGUGGUUCUUUCGUUUACAAAGAAGGUCCCAGGGAACAUACCUCGUGGCCCACCCUCUCACAGUCUUCUCUGCGCUUCUAUCAAUGACUGGAGUGCUCGUCCUCGGCUGCAUAAUCGUCAAGUACAAGUAUGCAGGCGCAUCGAUUACCCCCGAAGCCUUACCAGUGUACACCUCUGUCGUGCUGACCUCGUGGAUCCUGCUGCCGAUUGGGCCCCUUUACACCAUUCUCGGCACAAUCUGUGCCAUCCCUGAGUCCGACGCGGGAACUGCCUGGCAUCACAAGGUACGGCGAGUCCUUGGCGGUCCAAUGUCCAUGAACAUGCUCAAUACCCUGGCCCCGCUGGUUUGGAUUGUCAUCACUACCGCUUUUGCGGCUCAGACGACUGUGCACUUCCACAACGCCUACGAUGCCUCAAGAUCGCUACAGCGACAGCUGGCUCAGGGACUCGCCGCGACGGCGACGGCGGCGCAGAUGGCAACGGCUCACCGGGCAUGGGGCGACUUUAUGAAGGGCUUCGACUGUAUCCGCAUCGUUGCUAGCAUAUGGGCGGCCACAGUCUGCGGCCUUGUGAUCUCGGUCCUCGUUGUAGGCACCCGCAUCUGUUGCAUUCUAAGACGUCAGCUGCGACAAUUGGGGACUGCUUCUCAAAGUAAGCACACGCAGCAAAAGGCGGAAAAGGCGAGAUCUAUCCGCGAGUCGAUUAUCAUCCUCGGCAGCUUCUACGUCUUGCUGGCCUCGAGUGGUAUCAUUCUUCUCGUCGCCAUGGCUAUCACCGCUGCUCGGCUCGCCGGUCAAGACGUGAGCGAAGCGUUGAAUUCCUAUAGGCUCUUGCAACUCGUGUUCAUGUGGACGGUGGCAGUCAAUGGCACAGGUGUCAUAGGACUCUUCAGUGGCAGAGUCUUUACUGCCGUUUCCGUCGGCGCAAUCGACAAAGGACCCGUGACGGCUAGCAUGCUCCGACGACGACGAGCAGGCCCGGGUACCGAGACCGCUGACGCCACCGCUCAAGAAGAGAAGCGCGGCUGGGCAAAUACGGCACUCAAGCGGACGUCGGGCAUUCUGAAUACACCCAAAGUUGGCCGCGGGAAAGCUUCACCACCUUGCGUCUCGAUGACCACGUCAGGCAUUCAAGUGGAUGUAGAGGAGGAGAUGGUCCUAGACGAGGCGGACCUCGAUGCCAUCAGUGCCUACAAGAGGUCUGGCUCUUCCAGUGCCAAUUCGACACCCUUGUCACGCUUGACAAAACUUCCCAGCCAGUCGCCGAGCAUUACCAGUCCGCCUUUGGCAGCUCCGUUGGAGGAGGCACAAGAAGCGCUGCCUCCAUGGGAGCAGACAGCAACCUAG